AUGGCCAAGUCGCCCGUAGCUGUUCAAAUCAGCGUUAUAGACAAAGAUGAAGAUAUUGUCCAAGGUUUCAAAUGUGCUACGACGACCUUUGGCCACCAGAUUCACGAUGGCAUAUGGACCGUCGCAAAUCCAGGAUGGGAUAGCCCGGACGGAGAGGCACAAUGCGCAGCGCGGUUGGUAAAAAGGUUUAAGGAUAUUACAACGGACAAGAACGGCAACCCAAACACCAUAUUUUUAAAGGCUACAGUACCAUCCACUGGAGAGCCUGUCGGUUUCGCCAUCUGGGUGCAAGCAUCCGUUGUGCCAGGAUGUGGAGAGAAGCCCAUAGAAGAUUUAUCGGCCGGCCAGGACUUGGAGCAGUUGUAUCCUGGAAACAGAGAUGAGCAAUUGUAUCUGGCAGAUUUGGAUCGCUCCCUGCAUCGCCAGAGAUUCGAUGUCGUCAAAGCUAAGGCUACGGAUGCUACUCCGGCCGUGUUUGUCUUGGACCUCUGCUGCGUUCGCCCUGGUUUCCAAGGUCAAGGUAUUGCAAAACACCUUGUUCUCUGGGGCUUAGAAGAGGCCAAAAAGAGGGGAAACCUAGAAGCUAUUACUGAAGCGUCAGCUAUGGGCCGUCACGUUUAUUCCAAACUCGGGUUCGUUCAAGAAGGGCCCGAGAUUACCUACCAAGUUGAUGAUAAGUUUAAAGAAAGAGCCUUGCCAUCCAACAUCUUUAUGCGCACUAGACCGACUAUUGAAUAG